CUCUCUCUUACAGAAAAAUUUGGUCGGCGAAUCCACUGAUCAAGUCGUCAGCGAAAGGUUUAAAACCUUCAUAACGUGUUUUUCGACAAUCGGACACCACUGUACACUAUUCGGACACCACUGGACACCAUUUGGGCACCAUUAACACACCAUGUGCACGCCAUUGAACACCAUUGCAUACUAUUUGACACCACUGGGCAGCAUUUGAACACCACUGAAUACCAUCAGACCUCUGAAUCUAGUUUUGAAAGCGUUAUGUACCGUUGACACCAUGGAACACCUGAGGACACCUUUAAUUGGACAUCGUUAAAUAUAAACUGAAUGUUAAGGAAGUCGUACUUUCCAUCUCACUGUUUUGAUACUAAUGCCGAAACUUGAUUGCAGAGAGAAGAAGCCGUAUGUGCAUCUCUAGUUUUUAAGGCAAUGCUAUGUACAAUCCCCUCUCCCUUGUUUAGAACUAUUCCAGAACUAUUCCAGGCAAUAUUUUCCAAAACAUAUCCUUUUUAAAAACAAUCCGAGGUGAAAAAGGUACGACAAACACAUUAUUGUUUUAAACAUUUUAUUUAAAAUCCUUCCGUCAAAAACAACGUGAAGUAGUGAAAACAGCUAAAAAAAAAAAAUCCUUUCCCGAACAUCAUGACUUGCUUUCUAUAAAAAGAAACACAAGUGAACUAUGAUGAUAUAUAUUUCCUGGUCAUUAAGGGAUGGUUGUCAUUUCGGAUCACAAUCCUCCUUGUGUCACGGUUAGUUACAGAGUUGGCAGCUGGCUUUAGCAGGGGCACGACUUAUUCUUCGCGACGGGACCAACAACUUGUUGACGAGUUUCGUGCACCGACAAAUCUAACCCAGCGUGUACUUUAAAUUUAUUCCCAACAGCUGCGCGAUAUCAUUUUUCCUUAAAUUUAGAUACCAAAAAUAGGUAUAGUGAUUAAUCACGAAUAACAACCGAAUAAGUGAGGGAACUUAUUGGUGCGGACAUUGUAAGAAGCUGAUUGAUUAUGUGUUCUUUUUUACCGCAACAUUGGAAUAUGUUCACCCCGAAUGUAGAUUUGGAUUGAAUUCGAAUAAAACCGCUGAUAGUAUAGCACACCUGUGGAUAAAGGAAAAACAAGAACAUAAUCUUUGCAAUCGCUUGCAAAGAAGCAACAUAAUAUUGAGUGAGCUUUACGCUAAGGCAGUAGCAAAGCCGACCAGAGGCCUGGGAUAACGUCAACGACAUCCUCAUCUCUGAACAUUCACCAUCGUCAUUGACGUCCGUGACGAUCACCAUGACGACCCAGAGACGACGUCGAGCUUCCACGGUCAUCGCUGGAUACCAUACGCCGGACAUCGCUGAUACGAUAACGUCGUCGAAUUCGAAGAAAACGAGUCCGCGGGCAGACGGCCUCACCUUCCGAGUCGUACUCUUGGGUGUACCGGGCGUUGGUAAAACAGCUCUGACAGUGCGUUACACAACCCGGAGAUUCAUCGGUGAUUACGAUCCAACUUUAGAGUACUUAUGCCGCCACCAAACUCGAGUAGACAGUAAAGAUGUUACCAUGGAGAUACAAGACACUGCUGGACAGGACUAUCUUGGUCACCGUAGCCGGUACGCGAUCUGGGGCGACGCCUUUCUAUUCGUCUACUCCAUCACCGAUCGCAAUAGCUUCGAGACCAUCGUCAACUGCAAGCGCUCCAUCGAGAACGUCCUCCAGACGUCGCAAAUUCCCGGCGUGCUCGUCGGCAACAAGAACGAUCUCGACAGCGAGGACCGCAUGGUCUCGCAUCUCGAAGGCGUCGAACUCGGCGACGAGCUCGGCCUCCCGUUCUUCGAAGUCUCGGCCAAGGACGGGCACCAGAUCUGGGACGUCGCCGACGUGUUUGAGAACUUGUUUCGCGAGUGGAACCGGAGCAGACAAAUGAAGCGCAAAGGCAAAGCGCGUUCGCUUAGAACUCCGAAUCUUGAAUGGUCUCGGCCAGCCGCGCCGCCAUCGAACGGGAACACGUACGAACAUGACGACGAUGCGAUACAAUCCAGUACGAUCCCGGCGAAGAAACCGACGGCCAACAUGAGAAAGGCCGUGAACAAGCUGAUUCUUAUUCAACGGUUUACAAGGACUAGAUUUUUUUCAACGUGAUCGACGGACGAUCGUCCAAUAUGGCGGUGCGACUCAAAUCAACUUAUUGUUAUAUUCAAAGAUGUAAAUGAUGUUACUCUUAUCCCUUCACUUCUGCAUGGAACAUACGAUUGUGAAGUUGUGGUCAUCAUUUUCACAAUUUGAGAGACUUUUUUUUAUUACUCGAAACGAUCGUCAUAAUUAGAUGAUUUUCAACCGGAACAGCGAAAGUAACUUUACAAAAGUAUGUUGUUGUCCAUUGCAUCACGUACUUUUAUACCAACAUUUCUGGUAGAACGAAGCAUACAAGACAGAGUAACUAUUGUUUAACUCAUCAGCGACAGGUCGAUAUGCAUGGAGUUAUAAAACAGUUAGACAAAAUUGUUUCAAGUAAGGUGCUGCUGCAGAAAUACCAAGGACGGAAUAAUACAGUGUCAUGUUGUUACAGUGAAUAAGUAAACGAGGAAUAUUUUGAUUGAGCCUAUCUCUACAUUCACAACAUUCAGUUCGUUUUGAAGCUUUAUGGAAUGACGGGAACGUUUAUGAUUUGGAGGAGAGAGAUAUACAGAGAGAUAGACAAUGACCGACAGAGAAAGAAAGACAGAAAUAAAGAAAUAAAGAAAAAGAAAGAAAGGGAAAGGGGCAUUGGUAAAUGAAAGAUUUGUUGGUCUCUUGUUUACAUCGGUCGCGAUUUAUUCCACAGAAAAUACGGCAUGGUGUAUUAAAUGUGGUGUCUAGACAAUUCCCGGAGAAAAUUAAAGAGUGCAACGAUCUGAUUUAAAAGUCCAAACACUUUACUUCUACGGGGCGUUGUGGCGUGCGCCUGUAAUCCAGCUAAUAAAGGAAGCUACAAACUGAUUCAGCCGAGGACGCAGGUUCGAAACUUAGUCACGUCUUUCGGAUGGUGACGUUAAAAGUCGGUCCCCAAACGUAAAUAAUCAUAUCUGAUUGAUACACGUCUUUAAAAAACCAAUUGCACACACUUCGAUCUCUCUACCUUAUGUUUCACAAUCCGAUGGGUGCCAUCAAUUUAAUUGAGUGUGCCUGUAAUAUCAUUUGUCUUGUAUCUUUUUACAGUCUACUGUUUUCUUUUGUUAUGUAAUAAAAUUACGUAUUGCAAGAUGUCAGCAAAAUGAA